UUUUUUUUUUUUGUUUAAAACGGUGUAGUAUCAUAAUUCAUAAUGGCUUGCUUGGGUUAAAAUAUUUAGAACCCUAAGCCACUCACCGAUAGAGAAGCCGCCGCCACCUUCACCAGUCACCGUCGCCGCCGCCGCCUUCACCAGUCACCGUCGCAUUCCUCUUUCAGCAAAACCCCUUCUUCUCACUCACACUCUCACACCCAUAUUCUCAAACACACAAAAUAACAAACACAACACAGCACCAACCUCGGUGAUAACAAUUCAAAGAAACACAGAAAUACACUGACACGAACAAUGGCUGGUCGAUUCCGUGAGCUGAUGAAGAAAUAUGGAAAAGUCGCACUCGGCGUUCACUUGAGCGUCUCCACCGCCUCCAUCACGGGUCUCUACGUGGCCAUCAGAAACAACGUUGACGUGGAAUCCAUCCUCGAGAAGUUCCACAUGGGCACCGUCUCCGAGGGACAAAACCCUAACCCUAAUCACUCAGACGGCGCCGCCGCGCCACCCAAGAACCGGACGGCUCAGCUCGCCGCCUCCGCCGGCGGCGCCUUCACGCUGGCGAUCCUCUGCAACAAGGCGCUGUUCCCCGUGCGCGUUCCCAUAACCGUCGCCCUCACUCCCCCCAUCGCGAGGUUCCUCGCGAGGAGGAAGAUCAUCAAGAGCGGCGUAUGAAUUGGAUUCGGUGACGAGAAUCGUGAGAUUAUAUUUAUAUUUGUAUACCUUGUAGCAUUUUUGGGUUUUGUGAGACCUGGAAGUGGAAUUACAAGAGGGUUUUUAAUUUGUGAAGAACUGGUCUUUCUGCUCAAUAAAGGUCGUGGUAUAUUCUUAGCUUCAUUUCUUGUUGGUUCGGGGAUAAUUUACUGAAUUAGAAUUUUAAUUGGUUACAUUGUUGGGUUUUUCUGUUUUGCUUCAAUUUGAAGGAUGAGGCAUGCAACUAACGUGUGUCUUGUUCGUUUUGAGGGUCAUGGUUUAGGCAUCAAAUUGGAAUGAUAACAAAAGUUUCAAUUAA